UAACUGCACAGUCAUUGCAAUCCACGCCAAGCGUCCUCACACACGCACGGAUUACGCCUCCGACCCCAGGGACGCUCAUGAGAUAAUAACGGCGCAACAUGGCCGCCGCAUCGGGCAUCGUGCCUGCGCAGCCCGGCUUCCUGGCGAUUUACAAUCCCAGCCUGGGAACCACCGAUGAGACCGUCGCCGACCAGAUCGUCUACUACUCCUCGGCUAGCAGCAUCCAGGCCGGUUCCAAGCGGCGCCGCCACCACCGGGGGCCCCAUCAACGCGAUCCGGCAGAGUCUGGGUCUGGUGACGUCUCCAACGAGGAGCGCAACGAGCAGCUGCGGCAGAUCGGGCUCGCCCAGGCCAUGGUCGAAUUCGGCCGGAACUUCUCGCGCGGUCAGCCCGUCGACGCCAUCGACACGGAGCGCAGCCGCGUGGUGCUUCACGAGUUGGAGCCGGGCUGGUGGAUCCUCGCCUCCAUCGAUCUCACCCGCCUCCCCCUCCCACGCAGCAAGACCUCGACGACACAACCGCCACCACCACCCCCAGCCCUUAACGCCCCCUCUCCUCCGCCAACCGACCCAUCAUCCCCAAGCCAAGACCAGAAAUACGACUACUCCACCCGCGAAGUCAAGCCCGCCGUGCUGCUCAAGCAGGACCUCCUGCGCGCGCACGCCCUCUUCCUCCUCCUGCUCCCACCCUACCAUCCUUCUUCUCCCCCCUCCCCCUCACCCACAGACGCCAGCGACAGUUCACCGCAGCCGCCGCCGCGCUCGCUAGCGACGCUCUUCGCCACCCGCCCGCGCGCGCACUGCGCCGCCCUGCUCGCCCGCCACUGGGACGCCUUCCUCGGCUCCUGGUCCGUCCUGCUGCACGGCAACCCGGCCUGCGCCGUGCUGGGCGGGCUGAAGGUGGCCGCGAGCGGCGAGCUGGGCGUCGGCGUCGGCGAGGAGGACCGGGGCAGCGCCGAGCGCGCCGUGCUGGAGGGCCUUGUCGGUCGCGUGCCCGGGCUGGUGGAUCUGCUUGUUGGUAGGUAUGGUCAUGUUGGUAAGGCGGAGGGGGAGGAGGUUGUGCUGGGCAGAAAUAGGGGGAAGGGGAGAGGGCAAGGGAAGGGGAGUGCCGUUGCUAUUGCUGGUGGUAAUGGUGGUGGUAAUGACGAUGAAGGGUGGCUUGGGGUGGGCAACGAAGUCGGUGCGGAGGACGGCGCCGUGUUUCUCGGUGUCGGCGCGCUCUCGCGGCAGUCGCUUCGGGCGCUGGUGGCCUGGAUGGAGGAGAUCUAUGCGUGGGGCGAGAACGCGUAUGGGUUGGUGGGCAGCGCGGCGGCGACGGGGUCGCGAGCUAGGAGGCGGAGAGCAGCGGGCAAGAAGGGCGGCACGGGACAAGCCUCCGCCGCCGGAGCUGACAAGGCGGAUCAGGGAAGAGGGAAAUCCAAAUCGGAAGCCAACAGUGGUGCGGGUCAGAGCCCCCCGAGCGCCGCCAAAGACGCCCCAAACGAGACUGGAGGGAUGGAUAAGAUGCUCAGCUACCUCAAGCUUGGCUACGGCACGUACUGGUCGCUGGGCACUGCCAGCCCUGCAGCCAGCUCGGACGCGGACGACGAGACAGCGCAGCCGACUGACACCGAAGGCGCAGCCUCCCUGCCGCCCGCAAGAAACCUCAACACAGGCUAUUUCCUGCUAGGGUUAGGCGACCAGGGCGCCAACACUCCGGAGCAGCCAGAGCCACCAGCGGGAGAGGGCGGCAAGAGGUUCCCGACCGUCACGGUCGAGCUCGAAGACUCAGAGGGUUCCCGCAGGACAGCCCGUCUCCGCCCCGUCGUGUACAUCCACCGACCCUUCAUCUACAUCCUCCUCUUCGACCCGCAAAGCAACCCACCCACACCCUGGGCCGAGCUCUCCCAGUCGCUCCCGACAGAGCUCUCCGCCCUGCACAAACCCCUCCUGUCCUCAACAGCCUACCGUCCAGAAAAACCCCUCCCCACCACCGCAACCUCCUCCUCCGCGCAAACCAACCCCCUCGACCCGUCAUCCGCAAUCUACGACCUCGUCUUCGACCCAGCAACACUCACAAUCCACUCCACGAUUCCCAACAUCCCCGACCCGCCCAUCCCCGCUUCCUCCUCCUCCCCCUUCUCCGUCGCCGCUUCCCCCUGGACGCGAGUCGAAGCGCUCGCCACACAUGCCCAGCUGCUGAGCAUGUACGCCGCCGCGCGGGCCGACCCGGCCGCGCGCGAGCGCACGUGCAAGACGGCGCGCGGAUGGUGGGUUGUGUGGAAUCGCAUCGGCGGCGGCGGCGGGGCGUUUGCCGGCGGAACUGAUUCUCGUGAUAAUGCUGGUGGUGGUGGUGGCGGUGGAGGAGCGGAUGCGCCGGCGGGUGAAGAGGAUGAUGAUGAUUGGGGAAGGGAGACAAAGGGUGGUGGCGGCGGCGGCGGCGGAGCGGUGGGGAAGGAGGUGUUCCUCGUGCGCAGGGCGAGUGACCAUGGGCCGGGGGUUAGCGGGCUCAGGGGUGUCAGCGGGUCGUAUGUUGGCGGCGGCGGUGGUGGUGGUGAUGGGAGGGGGAAUGGUGGUGGUGGUGGGUGGGCGGACGGGGCGAGCCGGCUUGCGCAGGGGAUUGGCGUCGAUACGAGGAGGUAUAUCGAGGCGUUGCUGAGUCUGAAUCGGUGAGGGGGGAUGCCGUGAGGUGAGGAGG